AUGCUGACCAUCGUCGGGAAGUCCGCCGUGACGGCUGGCGGUGCGAGGUGGGUGGGUUUGAAGCGAAUGACGGCGUCGAAACACUUCGAUGCAAAAGCUGUGCAGUUGUCGGUGAUGAAUGUCGCGGACCGGGAUUUGCUCAAGUCGAUCCGCACCUCGUCGAGGUGCUUGCGACAAUACUCGCGAACCGUUACCAGUCACAAAAUGUGGCGUUCUGCAGCAGCGGAGGUGGCGGUGCUGCUGUAGCUCGUAGACUUUGUAGUCUACCACAGAGGUUACACUGCUGUCACCGCUCUAUCACAGAGGUUAGUCUACACUGCUGUGAGAUCGGUAGGCCCGAGCGAGCUUCGGAAAGAGAAAUGUAGAUAGAUGUUCUUAUCAACUGACUCCCUGGUCAGGCUUUGAUGGGUGCAAGAUGAGAGUAAGCACAAGGGGCGAAGGCGCGCUUGUAUCUCAGCUCAACAACAAAACA